AUGAACUGCAUUUCCCGAAUCCUCGCAUUUCUCGAAUCCUCUUCUCGCAUUUCUGAUUCAUGCGGUUCAUGCCGCUUUCAUUUUCAUUUGCAACCAUUCCCCAAAAUUUCCUGCACACAACCGCCCGUGCCCCGGCCUCAGCAAUAUCCGCGGAGACACUCGGCCUUCUUCAUGUUGAACACACGAAUUGCAAUUUCCACCAUUAUCGGUGCUUCCAGAGCCACCAGAGCCCCCAGAGUAGCCCAAUUGUCCACAUCAGCUGUAAGGUGGGCCAAGGACGACUCUUCAACUAUCGACUCUUACAGGCUUCCUUCGCAAACUUCCAUCAACGAAUGGGAGUUCAAAUAUGAUUUUAUUCCCAAAACAACCGAGCCCAAGGUUCCUCCCGUGACCCGAGAGGCGAUCAAACAGGACAUAGCCCACGACAAAAGGGCCAAGGUUGAAAGAGAGAUGCAAAGAGAAGAACACCACACUUCUAUCAAAGCCGAGGCCAACGACGCUGCGGUUGUUCAUGGAGGAGAAUCCGUUGGCGCUGAGCCCGAGUUCUUGCAAGAUCGAGGCUCGAAGCCAGUGGACGCUACAAUUGGCCAAGGCGGUCCAACAAGCUCCAAACCAGCCAAUCGUGAUAAGUAUAUCCAGAGUUCCAUCAACCCGGAAAUCAACCAAUCCGACGUUGUUCAUUUGGGGGAAAAUGAAGUCCACCACAAAGUUGCAUCUGUGAAGGAACCAAUUGUAGUGGAGGACCACGAGCAUGACCAGGACCACAAUGCUGGCCAGCCAAGACAGAAGAAUCCAAAUCUGUCUGCACCAUUCGUUGUGCCAUUGGGGCUCGCUGGAUUGGUAGGAGCAUACUUUUAUUUCACCAGGGAGAAGAAGGAGAAGAAGUAG